AUGGCUUCUUCAAACAUGAUUCUUAAGUUUUUGAUUGACAAGAGAGUCCAGAAGGUCUUAUAUGCAGAAGCCAGCAAGGAGUUCAUGGAUCUUCUUUUCCACAUCUUCGCUUUACCUCUUGGCACACUCAUCAAGUUCCCGAGCUCCAAACAAAUGGUGGGUUGCUUAGGUAAACUUAAAGAAAGCAUCGAAACCCUUAAUCAAACCCACCUUCAACCAGACCAUGAUAAGCCCUCUGCAUCAAAAACAAAAACACUCUUCAUGUGUGGCGGAUCCACAGUGCAUGUGAGUGAUCAUCACGAUGCUAGGUGUCCGCAUUGUGGUCGUUUGAUGAAUGUCCCAAUGACGUUCGUUAGGUGGCCUAAUAAUGAAGAAGUUGUGGUGAAGGAGACUGUUACUUCCAGCUUUGAGGAGAUAACAUUGCCUUUUGGAAAAGAUGAGGCAUUUGAGCUGCUGAGUGCUGAAGACAUCUUUGAUGACCGAUCAAGUUCAUAUUCCAGCUCUUGA